CGAGUGACGACGAACGUCGUCGUAUCAGGUACGGUGCAGACAGACAAACUACUUGAACUAACGUCAGGCCCACUCAUGUCCGUAGAACUUGUACUGAUUUUGUACUAGGCCAAAUUGUCAGAGACUUUAGUGAUGGUGGCAUUGGUGAUCGUGUACUGUAGUGGUUAGGUGAUACCAGCAACCAUGGAUCACAAGCACAUACUGAGUCUUGUCUUCAUACUCGUCUUCCAUGUACAUGUCAUAUUUAAAAUAGUCGUUGCACCGGCGGCAGCCACAAAAGAUGAUCAAGGUCUGGCCAGGCAAGCCCCCGAAGCAACUGACCAAAAAAUGGCGUCCAUCCCCGAGCAGAUUCACAUAGCUCUGGGGGACAACACGUCAGAGAUGGUUGUCCUGUGGUCCACGCACGACCAGUCAUCAUCGGUGGUUCAGUAUGGUCUGUCGCCGGAUGACUUGAAUCUGAAGGCCAGUGGCGAUUACGUGGAGUUCAACUGGCUUGAUGGGAAUGCAGAGGGUUUGCAGUUCAUUCAUAGAGUCAAGCUCACAAAUCUGUUGCCAGCUACAAACUACUCUUACAGGGUGCAUAGUGAUGGCCAGGAAAGUUCAACAUUCACGUUUGCGACACUGCCAGACACAACGAACUGGUCACCGACACUGCUGAUAUUUGGAGACAUGGGCUACGUUGGUGGGGCACCGAGCUUGCGCCUCCUAAACCAGGCGGCGACUAAAAGAAGCGCGGAUGUGAUCAUCCAUGUUGGAGACUUUGCUUACGACUUCCACAAUGAGGGGGGGAAGGUUGGGGAUGCAUUUAUGAAUAGAAUUCAGCACGUAGCCUCCACAAUUCCUUAUAUGACCUGCCCUGGUAAUCAUGAGAUUCCUCACGGCUUUAGUCACUACCGCUAUCGUUUCGCCAUGCCCUCUCUACCCUGGCCAAUGCCCGAGGACAAAAUGUGGUACAGCUUCAACAUUGCCAGAGCACACUUUGUCAGUUAUUCUUCAGAGGUUUACUUCACUGACGGCCCUGUAGCCGAGCAAUAUGAUUGGCUGCUGAAGGACCUAGAGGAGGCCAAUAAGCCGGAGAAUCGCCAGCAACGACCCUGGAUUAUAGUGUUUGGCCAUCGACCCAUGUAUUGCUCCAACAGCAACAACGACGACUGUACUCACAAAGGCAGCAGGGUCAAAGAUGGGUUGGAGGAGCUCUUCUUCUCCCAGGGGGUGGAUGUCAUCGUCCAAGGCCACGAGCACUCCUAUGAGCGACUCUGGCCUGUUUACAAGGAGCAGGUGUAUGCCGAGAACUAUACCAAUCCCAAGGCACCUGUACACAUCAUCGGUGGGGCAGCAGGUUGCAAUGACUGGUAUGGCUCCUGUUUAGACCCCAUUCUCUAUCCAAGGGGUCCGUGGUCGGCCUUCCGGUCCUGGCUUCCAGGACUGUACGGCAUUGGUAAACUGAUAAUCCACAAUGCCACCCACAUCCAGUGGCAACAACUGCUAGCAAUCAACGGUCAAGUCAUGGAUGAUGUCUGGAUUGAGCAGCACCAUCACGGCAAAUUCACCACCCAAUGAUAUCCCUUCGCCCAUUAAGUGCUUAUCCUUUCAGCAAUUCCUACCUCCUCCCUGAUAUCCCCUCCCAGAUGGUUACUCUCCGAUGGCCAGUCCCUAAAAUGGUUUCCCAGAGAUGGCUAUCCCCCAAGACGGUUAUCCCCAAAGAUGGCUAUCCCCCGCCUCGAGUUGCACCCUCACCAGCAAAGAAGAGACAUGCUGGUGGGAAUAUUCAAUCAGUCUUGUGCAUGUGCCCUGCACACGAAGACAGUCCAUUCGAACAGAAAUUCCUCCUGCGUGUUAAGCACAUCCUCUCCCAAACUUGCAUGAACAUGCAGGCGCAUGCAGUGAGUUUUCACCAGAGGGCCGUUUUCUCUAUGCAAAAACACGCCCUACAUUGUUCGGAACGGAUUCACAACCAGGUAGCUAUCCCCCGGGGUAGCUAUCCUGUGAUUUCUAACACCUGUGAUGGCUGUCCCCAAACUAGCUGUCCCAUAGAUGUCUCUCUCCCAAGAUGGUUGCCCUCCAAAAUUGCUAUCCCCAAGAUAGCUUUCACCUCAGAUAUCUGUGAAGAUGGCUUUUGUCGAAGAUGGCUAUCCCCCGAGACGGUUGUUCCCCAAAUGGUAUUCCCAAAAUAAAAUGAAAGGGUCUGGUUGCUGAUAACAGCCCUUGCUUUUGGCUUGAGCCAUCAUCAGGAACCAGACCACAAGCCGAUAUUGAACCACCCAUUUAGUAAUUGUUCCACCACACUAUUAUUGCCUAAUUAAUAUUUAGUAUUGUCAUACCUGUGUCUUGGAUACUGUCUAUUCAUUGGCCCAGAACGACAUCAUGACAGGGCGACAUAUCUGCUAUCACACUCACUGUGAGACAUCUCUCUGCCAAGAGCAUAUGCAGGCGCAUGAGACAUGAUUUUCAGGAAGUUCGCGAGCGACCUUGUCACUCAUUAAUUUAGUCAGUUUUGUGUGGUACCCAUUAUACCUUCUAGGCAUAAGUCACCAGGGAAUUUGAUCAAUGGUCGCGCUCGUAUAACAGACUCGUUCCCAUCCCCACAGUGUAUAUAAACCACUACCAGCCGGGGACUCCGAAAUCGGAGCCGUAUGGUUUAUAUGUGUGACCGGGGUCUCCGAACUCGGACA